AUCGAACGGCGACAAACGCCGUUAAACCCUCAGCGAAGAAGAAGACCCGGAAAAACAAUGGCGACAUCUGUCUUUCUUUCAAAGGUUGAGCUAUUAAAGCAAGGCGCAGAAGCCAGAAUAUACCGGACUGUGUUUCUGGGAAAUCCGACUAUUGUGAAAGAAAGGUUCCUAAAACGUUAUAGACACCCUCUGUUGGACGAAAAACUAACACACCGUCGGACGGUGCAAGAGGUUCGUUCUAUUCUGCGCUGCCGGAGAGCAGGCAUAUCCACCCCUGUAGUCUACUUUGUGGACUACACCUCCCACUGCAUCUUCUUGGAGGAAAUUGUGGGAUCCUCGACCGUGCGCGACCACAUUGCUUCCACUCAGCUGUCUAGUUCCUCCUGUCCUGAUGUGGAGCUGGAGCACCUGGCUGAGAAGAUGGGCAACAUCCUGGCCAAAAUGCAUGAUGAGGACAUCAUCCAUGGUGACUUGACCACCUCCAACAUGCUGCUGAGGUGUCCACCAGAAGAUGGAGAGUCUGACUUAGUCCUCAUCGACUUUGGUUUAAGUUCCAUCUCAGCUCUGCCGGAGGAUAAGGGGGUAGAUCUGUAUGUGCUAGAGAAAGCUUUUCUCAGUACUCAUCCCAACACAGAGGCACUGUUUGAGAAGCUACUGAAGAGCUACACAGCCUCAUCCAAAAAAUCAGCAGCAGUCAUUAAAAAGCUUGAGGAAGUUCGUUCGAGAGGAAGAAAGCGGUCUAUGGUGGGAUGAAAGGGUUCAACUCCAAAAUAUUUUUCGGAUCAGUUUAUCAGCGCUCGUUAUAAAAUUGAGUAUUUUUAAAAUUGAAUUAUGUGGAACAAUUCUGACAAGAAUUCAGUCAAUUGUUUGGAAUUAUUUAAUGAAUUAUUGGCACGAGUUAGCAGUGCACUACUGGGCUGCAACCAGCAGAGGUCCUGUUGAUUCAGACUCACUUGUUUGCAGUUAGUAUAACAUGACAUCACCUAGAAGAAGUUAAGCUGCAGUCACACAGUCUUACUCCAUGGCACAACUCCUCCAUACUGCAUUAUUCUGUUCAAUACAACACUGGCAUCAAAACAGAUCAGAAUAUUCGGACGGUGUCAGAUUCAAUCAUUUGAAAACUAAUUCGCCAUAGGGCGACUGGUUAGCACAUCUGCCUCACAGUUCUGAGGACCUGGGUUCAAAUCUGGCCUCGCCUGUGUGGGUUUUCUCAGGGUACUCUGGUUUCCUCCCACAUCCCCAAAACACACUUGGUAGGUUGCUAUAUGUGCCCUGCGAUUGGCUGGCGACCAGUUCAGGGUGUACCCCGCCUCUCGCAGAGAGUCUGCCGGGAUAGGCUCCAGCACGCCCGCGACCCGAGUGAGGAUAAGCGAUAUGGCAAAUGGAUGGCUAAUUCGCCGUAGCUGAUCAAGGAAUUUCUCAUGUCAAAUGUAAUCGGAUGCAGAUUUGGGUGCUGGCCUAUGGAAAGUGUUAUUUUCAGUUUGAGUCCUUGUUUAGGAGAUAAACACCUCCCUUCCGCUGUAAAGUACUGUACAAAUACACCAUUAAAAAUAUGUAGAAGCUUU